AUGAAAGGUUCAACAAAGUUCUGUGAAUCUACAUCAAUAAAUGGUAUUAUAAAAUCCUAUCAAAAUGAAUCAACAUGGUUAUUAAUGAAUACAACUCUUGUACUUAUUAUUAAACAUGAUAUUAAUCAUACUGAUGUACAUCAUUUAAAAUUAAAUCUUAGUCAAUCAUCAUUUCCAAUUAAUUUUACUAUGAAAAAUUUAACUGAAAUUAAACAUAGUGAUGAAUAUCUUUUAUCAUUACUUAUUUUUGGUUAUCCUCAUCGAUUAUUAUGGGAAAGUAUUCUAUUUCGACAAUAUUUGAUAAUUAAUACAAAAAAUUUUCUUACAUUUAUUGUUCAAGAUGUUUCAAAUCUACUUCAAUGUUUAUCUGAAGGAUAUCCAUGUGUAAAUGUACAAAGUCAACCUACUGCUUUCAUAUCUAUAUGCUGUAGUAAUACGAGAUGUGAACGGUCCAAUAAUAAUCAAUUACAAGAAUAUACUUGUGGACGCAGACCUCCAGGUUAA